UCUGCAGUUAUCUGGUAUCAGGAGUAUAUAUCCCGGGUCAUAUAUCUGCUCUUAUUCCACAUGAUUCUCAACUUCAGAUCCAGCGAGUCUCUCUUUAUAGACCCAAUCAUGAGUACUUCAGAGUAAUUAAUUGCUAUCCUUAUAUAAACUGAACCGAUCAUCAAUACUUGCAUCGUGUGCUAUUUUCGCAAAUAAAUAGGUCUAUACUUUCCAUUUCCAGGUUAUUACCAGUAUACACAGUUCCGUGGUAGUACUGCACCCACAACACGGUAUUCUCUCGUCUAAAUUGGUCAAUAAAUUAAUUUCAUCAAGUUAUCACUUACAUUAAAUACUGGAACUGAGUAUUACCCGUAUCGCAGAAAUCAGAAGUCAACGGACUAAUCUAACUAGAACCGUGUGAACAGAUUGCGGUCAUGGAUCUCGAUGUUGAGUCGUUUCCAAGGCUCCAUGUUCUCCCGGCGUGUAGUCUGAACGAUGAGGAUCUUCACAUCAAGGCCGUUGGUCUCAGGCCCCACCAGAGGGUCACACUACGCGCUCACGUUUAUUCUGAAUCAAGAAAACAUCGGUUCGAAUCCCAUGCUCGGUACGAAGCAGAUGACAGAGGAGUGGUGGAAGUCGAGAAGGCACCAUCUCUUGGAGGAAGCUACCGGGGCAUCGAACCGAUGGGCUUGCUCUGGAGUCUAGAACCUGCACCAGAGGACGCCAGUAAGAGACCCCGCCUUGUCAAGCUCAACGUCCAGAAACCUUUCAUCUACACCUUCCAGCUGAUCGACGAUGAUGAGAAUAAACUGAUGCAUUCCACUUCGGUCGAGAGAUGGUAUCUAGCCAGUUACGUAGAGAGGCAUCUUGCGCAGCACGGGACUGCAGACGGGUGCCUCUACCUCCCCCAAAAGAAGGGUGCCUCGGAUCCGCUGCCGGUGCUGCUCGAUAUCAGAGGUGGCGUGCCAUUCUUGGUGGAAGAUCGCCCAUCCUUGAUGGCAUCUCAUGGCUUCGCUGUCUUCUCCAUCAAUUACUUUAGAAAGAUGAUGGACGGGAGGAUUGUCAUGCAUGAUGAAUGCAGAUACUUUGACCUUCAGAUAUUCCUGGAUCUCUUCGAGUAUAUUGCCCUGCAUCCUCGACUUGACAUCAACCGAGUCGGCAUUGUGUCGUCAUGUCUCGGGAGCGUCCUGGCACUUCAAGCGGCUGCCAGGCUGAAGGAUCUGAUUCCUAUCCGAUGUGUGGCUGCUACCGGCUGUUUGGACUUUCUUGGUUAUCAGAUUGGUCUCAAGCUACCCGACGGAUCAACCAUCGAUCCUUACCAAACUAAUGAUCAUUGCGAGGUAGUCGAGGACAAAGAUGGUGGUUUUAUAUGGCAGCUGAAUGAUUUCAAUGCUUACGAUAAUCUUCAAGGUGACUUUUUAAUACCGGUGGAAGACAUAUCAUGCCCACUGCUUUUUAUCACGACGGGUGACGAUCAGCAAAUACCGUCAUACAAACGCAUGACAGCAGUAAGUAUUUGACUUUUUUCAGGCAAGAUUGGGGUAUAAA